CUGAAAAACUUUUAACACUCAAAGAUAACCAAAACAUUGUUGAGGCAGUAAAUCAAGAAGCAGCUCACUAAACAAUUCUUACACAGUGGAUGACCAUUAACAAAACAUCUGAAGAGGCAAGGUCUCUAACUUACGUAGAAUUCCCAAGUAAGUAUGUGUGGAAUCCAAAUGUAAGGAUUUGGAACGAAGCUGAACAGAAAUGGAUAAUUACAAAACAAUGGACAAAGCGAAAGAGAGGAAACUGCGUGGGGAGAAUAUCGUAUGUCCACCCCAUUGCAGGGGAACGCUACUACCUCCGACUGCUUCUCAACUCUAGCAGAGGCCCCACAUGUUUUGAAGACAUCCGUACAGUAAAUGAAAUUCUCCACCCUACCUUCAAGGCUGCAUGUUACACACUUGGCCUACUCAAUGACGACAAAGAGUGGUUAGAUGCAAUACGGGAAGCUGACCAGUGGGCAACACCUAGAUAGUUGAGAGAACUAUUUGUGACAAUAUUGCUUUUUUGUGAAGUAUCAGAUCCUCGCCAAUUAUGGGAGACAACGAGACAUGCUCUUGAGGAAGACAUUCUACGAAAUGGAAGGAAAAUAUACAGGCACCCAGAGCUAGAAUUGUCACCGGAACAAAUUCAAACAUAUGCCCUACUAGAGUUGGACAAAAUACAUCUCUCCCAACCUAAAAUUACACAGGUCCACCACUUGGACAACAGACUAAUCCGAGAGGAGCUAAGCUAUGAUACUAAAAGUCUCACACUAAUGCAUGAAAAAAGCAAAUCCUCUUUAAACAACGAACAGCUAAAAGUCUACCAUGCUGUUGUACAAGCGGUGGAGACCGGUAAUGGAGGAGUAUUCUUCGUCUACAGACAUGGUGGCACAGGCACAGGAAAAACCUUCUUAUACUCCACUAUAGCUGCUAAGCUGAGAAGCGAAAGAAAGAUUGUCCUAACUAUCGCAUCCUCAGGUAUAAUACAUACUUAUACACUAU